CUCUGGAGUUUGGGGCAGGAGACAGCUUCUUUGAGCUGGUGGAGAGCCUCAUCAAUGAUGUGUUCAGAACCUCCUCACUGGUGCCACGUCUGGCCCAACAUAGCCCCUUCCCACACUACCAGGCUGACAUGGAGGACAUGGCUGAUCUGGCUGACAUGCGUCAUCUCCUCAUGGAACGCGUGCAGGGCAUCAUGGCAACAUGCUGCGAGUUUCGCAACUCUCUGGAGCGUUAUAGUUACCUGUAUGUGGAUGACAGGAAGGAGUUCAUGCGUCAGUUCCUUCAGUACGGCCACAUUCUCACCAGCCAGGAGACGGAGGUUGAUGCUGAUGAUGGCGUUUCAGGGAGCCCACCCACAUUGGAUAAAUUUAGAGAACAGGUGGACAGGUAUGAGAAGAUUUAUGAAGAGGUGCAGGGUCUGGAGCCGGUGCAUGUGUUUCACGGCUGGAUGAGGGUGGAUGGCCGUAGCAUGAAGAGUGCCUUGCUCAACGUCAUCAAGAAGUGGAGCUUUAUGUUCAAACAGCACCUCAUCGACCAUGUUACCAACAGUUUGUCAGAUCUGGAGAAGUUUAUCAGUGUUGCAGAGGCUGGCCUGAGCCAGCAUGUGGAGGAGGGUGACUACGGUGGCCUGGUGGGGGUCCUGGGUCACCUCCUGGCUGUUAAGGAAAGACAAAAUGGCACAGAUGCCAUGUUUGAGCCCCUGCAGCAAACCAUUGCUCUGCUAAAGGUCUAUGAACAAGAGCUGCCUGACGUGGUCUACAAACAGUUGGAGGACUUGCCAGAACAGUGGAACAAUGUGAAAAAGCAGGCUGUGUUAGUCAAACAGCAUGUGGCGCCUCUGCAGGCCAUCGAGGUGGCCAGCCUGCGUCGAAAGUGUGCUUCAUUUGAUGUGGAGCAACACACCUUUAGGGAGCACUUUCGCAACGUUGGGCCCUUCAGGUUUGACAGCGAGAGCCCCUACCAGAUGUUGGAUGCAUUCCACCGGCAGAUCCAGGAGCGGGAGGCAGUGAUGGCCUCUCUGGUGGAUUCUGCCAGCCUAUUCGAGGUCACUGUCUCUGAGUACAAACAGCUCAGACAAUGCAGGCGUGAAGUGGGCCUGCUGAAGGAACUGUGGGACAUGAUCACCGUGGUGGAAUCCAGCAUGGCCGCAUGGAGGAUGACUCCCUGGAGAGAGAUCCAUGUUGAGGACAUGGAGCUAGAGUGCAAACGCUUCUCUAAAGAUAUAAGGGGUCUGGAUAAAGAGGUUCGAGCGUGGGAGGCCUUCACAGGUUUGGACAGUAGGGUAAAGAACCUCCUCAUCUCCCUCCGGGCUGUGGCAGAGCUCCAGAACCCGGCCAUACGAGCCCGACACUGGCAUCAGCUGAUGGCUGCUACUGGAGUCUGCUUCACCAUGGACCAGGAGACCACUCUUGCCGACCUGCUGCAGCUGAACCUGCACUGCUUUGAAGAGGAGGUGAGAGGGAUCGUGGACAAGGCUGUUAAAGAGAUGGGAAUGGAGAAAGUCCUCUCUGAGCUUAACUCCACAUGGACAGGCAUGCAGUUCCAGUAUGAGCCCCACCACCGGACCCAGGUGCCUCUGCUGCGCACAGACGAAGAACUGAUCGAGACUCUGGAGGACAACCAAGUGCAGCUGCAGAACCUCAUGUCAUCCAAGUACAUCGCCUACUUCCUGGAUGAAGUGUCAUCAUGGCAGAGCAAGCUGUCCGUGGCUGACUCUGUCAUCUCCAUCUGGUUCGAGGUGCAGCGAACAUGGACCCACCUGGAAAGCAUCUUCAUUGGCUCCGAGGAUAUUCGCUCACAGCUGCCUGAGGACUCCAGGCGCUUCGAGGGGAUUGAUGCUGAUUUCAAAGAGCUGGCGAACGCAGUGCAUCAAACGCCCAAUGUAGUGGAGGCCACGAAUAAACCAGGGCUGUUUGGUAAACUGGAGGACAUCCAAAGCAGGCUUUCUCUAUGUGAAAAAGCUCUGGCAGAAUAUCUGGACACCAAGCGUCUGGCCUUCCCAAGAUUUUACUUUAUCUCUUCAGCUGAUCUGCUGGACAUCCUGUCAAAUGGGACUAACCCAAACCAGGUCCAGAAGCAUCUGUCUAAGCUGUUUGACAACAUGGCUAAGAUGCAGUUUGAAGCAGAUGGAGAGGGGAAUCCUUCUAAGACUGGUCUGGGCAUGUACAGCAAGGAGGACGAAUAUGUCCCCUUUAAUGAGCCUUGUGAUUGUACUGGACAGGUGGAGUUGUGGCUAAACCGGGUCCUGGACAGCAUGCGCUCCACGGUCCGACAUGAGAUGACUGAGGCGGUGACAGCCUAUGAGGACAAACCCAGAGAGCAGUGGCUGUUUGACUAUCCUGCUCAGGUGGCAUUGACCUGCACACAAAUCUGGUGGACUUCUGACGUCGGCAUGGCGUUUGCCCGUCUUGAGGAGGGCUAUGACAACGCCAUGAAAGAGUACUACAAGAAACAGGUGUCCCAGCUUAAUACCCUCAUCUCCAUGCUGAUUGGGCAGCUUACACCUGGCGAUCGACGGAAGGUCAUGACGAUCUGCACCAUUGACGUCCAUGCAAGAGACGUGGUGGCCAAGAUGAUCGCUCAGAAGGUGGAGAACUCUCAGGCCUUUGUGUGGCUCUCCCAGCUGAGACACCGAUGGGAUGAAAAGGAGAGGCAUUGUUUUGCCAACAUUUGCGAUGCCCAGUUUCUCUACUCCUACGAAUACCUGGGCAACACGCCACGAUUAGUCAUCACUCCUCUGACGGACAGAUGCUACAUCACCCUGACCCAGUCCCUCCACCUGACCAUGAGCGGUGCUCCGGCAGGGCCUGCAGGCACAGGGAAGACUGAGACUACCAAAGACUUGGGCAGAGCCCUUGGCAUCAUGGUCUAUGUGUUUAACUGCUCUGAGCAGAUGGACUACAAGGUGAAAAGCAUUCAGGACGCCAUCCGAGAUAGGAAGCAGAGGUUUAACUUCAUGGGAGAGGAGGUAAAUCUUUGCCCCUCUGUUGGCAUCUUCAUCACAAUGAAUCCAGGCUACGCUGGCAGGACUGAGCUACCUGAGAACCUCAAGGCUCUGUUCAGACCAUGUGCCAUGGUGGUGCCAGACUUUGAGCUGAUAUGUGAAAUCAUGCUGGUGGCCGAGGGCUUCCUGGAUGCUCGGGUGCUGGCUAGGAAGUUUAUCACCCUGUACACACUGUGUAAAGAGCUGUUGUCCAAACAGGACCACUAUGACUGGGGCCUCCGAGCCAUCAAGUCUGUCCUGGUGGUGGCUGGCUCUCUGAAGAGAGGAGACCCCGGCCGAGCAGAGGACCAGGUGCUGAUGCGAGCUCUGAGAGACUUCAACAUCCCCAAGAUUGUGACUGAUGACAUGCCAGUGUUCAUGGGCCUGAUAGGAGACCUGUUUCCUGCUCUGGAUGUCCCCAGGAAGAGAGACCUGGACUUUGAGAAGCAUGUAAAGGAGUCAAUUUUGGAUUUGAAGUUACAAGCCGAGGACAAUUUUAUCCUCAAGGUGGUGCAGCUGGAGGAGCUGCUGGCAGUGCGUCACUCUGUGUUUGUGAUCGGGAACGCAGGCACUGGGAAGAGCCAGGUGAUGAGGUCACUCCAAAGGACUUAUCAGAACAUGAAGCGCAGACCUGUGUGGGCGGACCUCAACCCAAAGGCUGUGACCAAUGAUGAGCUCUUUGGCAUCAUUAACCCGGCAACCAGAGAAUGGAAAGAUGGCCUGUUCUCUAGUAUAAUGCGUGAACUGGCGAAUGUCAGUCACAGCGGACCUAAGUGGAUUGUUUUGGAUGGAGACAUUGACCCAAUGUGGAUUGAGUCACUCAACACAGUCAUGGAUGACAACAAGGUGCUGACUCUGGCCAGUAAUGAGCGGAUCCCUCUGAACCCUACCAUGAGGCUGGUGUUUGAGAUCAGCCACCUUCGUACUGCUACCCCCGCUACAGUAUCUAGAGCAGGCAUCCUUUACAUAAACCCAGCAGACCUGGGCUGGAACCCGCCAGUGACGAGCUGGAUCGACAGGCGGGAGGUCCAAUCAGAGAAAGCCAACCUGACCAUAUUGUUUGACAAGUACCUCCCCUCUUGCCUGGAUGGCCUCAGAUCAAGGUUUAAGAAGAUCAUCCCUAUCCCUGAGCAGAGCAUGGUCCAGAUGCUGUGCUACUUGCUGGAGUGUCUGCUGACACCAGAAAACACCCCACCAGACUGUGCCAAGGAACUUUAUGAGCUCUAUUUUGUCUUUGCUGCUGUCUGGGCCUUUGGGGGAGCCAUGUUCCAGGACCAGCUGGUCGACUACAGAGUGGAGUUCAGCAAGUGGUGGGUGGCCGAGUUCAAAACCAUUAAAUUCCCAUCCCAGGGCACUGUGUUUGAUUACUACAUCGACCCCGAGAGCAAGAAGUUUGAACCCUGGUCCAAGAUGGUGCCCAAGUUUGAGAUGGACACAGAUACACCUCUGCAGGCAUGUCUGGUCCACACUACAGAGACCAUUCGGGUUCGUUACUUCAUGGACCGCCUUCUGGAAUGUCGUCGGCCCGUCAUGCUGGUGGGGAAUGCAGGGACAGGAAAGUCUGUUUUGGUUGGGGACAAACUGGGAUCACUGGAUGCAGAGAAAUACAUGAUUAAAAAUGUCCCCUUCAACUAUUACACCACGUCUGCUAUGCUCCAAGCUGUGUUGGAAAAGCCCCUUGAGAAGAAAGCAGGGCGCAACUACGGACCUCCAGGCAGCAGAAGACUGAUCUACUUCAUAGACGACAUGAAUAUGCCCGAGGUGGAUGCAUAUGGAACAGUGCAACCUCACACACUCAUACGCCAACACAUGGACUACAACCACUGGUAUGACCGUAAUAAGCUGCUUCUGAAGGAAAUACACAGCGUUCAAUACGUGUCCUGCAUGAACCCCACAGCCGGCAGCUUCACCAUCAAUCCACGACUGCAGCGCCACUUCUCUGUCUUCGCCCUGUCCUUUCCCGGAGCCGAGGCCCUGAGCACUAUCUACACUUCCAUCCUGUCUCAACACCUGAAAGGAGAGGGCUUCAGCGCAGCCCUGCAGAAGAGCUGUCCCAUUGUGGUCCAGUUAGCCUUGGCCCUGCACCAGCGCAUGUCCUCCACCUUCCUCCCCACUGCAGUCAAGUUCCACUACAUCUUCAACCUGCGAGACCUCUCCAACAUAUUCCAGGGCAUUCUCUUCUGUACCGGUGAGUGUCUAAAAGCCCCUCCGGACUUGCUGAAAAUCUACCUGCACGAGUCCAACCGGGUCUACAGAGACAAGCUAGUAGAGGAGCAGGACUUCCAGGUCUUUGAUAAGCUGCAGGCGGACACAGUAAAAAAGUUCUACGAGGACAUGGAGGACACUCUGGAGCAGACCAGGGAGAUGAACCUGUACUGCCACUUUGCCCGUGGGCUGGGGGAGGCCAGAUACAUGGCUGUGGAAUCCUGGAGCAGCCUCAAUAAAACCCUGCUAGAGGUGCUGGACAGCUACAAUGAGGUCAACGCCACACUAAACCUGGUGCUGUUUGAGGACGCCAUGGCUCACAUCUGCCGUAUAAACCGAAUCCUGGAGUCCCCACGGGGGAAUGCGCUGCUGGUCGGAGUGGGUGGCAGUGGCAAGCAGAGUCUGACCCGACUGGCUGCCUUCAUCUCCAGUCUGGAGGUUUUCCAGAUCACCUUGAGAAAAGGAUACAGUAUUACCGACCUCAAGAGUGACCUGGCGUCCCUCUACAUCAAAGCUGGCGUGAAGAAUAUUGGCACCGUAUUCCUAAUGACUGACGCCCAAGUGGCAGACGAGAAGUUCCUCGUUCUGGUCAACGAUCUGUUGGCAUCUGGAGAGAUUCCUGACCUGUUCCCAGAUGACGAGAUGGAGAACAUCAUUGGCAGCGUGAGGCCAGAGGUCCGCGGCUCGGGAUUGAUGGAUACGAGAGAAAACUGCUGGAAGUUCUUCAUCGACCGGGUUCGCCGACAGCUCAAGGUGGCUCUGUGUUUCUCUCCAGUUGGUAGUAAACUGAGGGUUCGCAGCAGGAAGUUCCCUGCAGUGGUGAACUGCACAGCCAUCGACUGGUUCCACGAGUGGCCGCGGGAGGCGCUGGAGUCGGUCAGCUUCAAGUUCCUCCAGGAGGUGGAGAAUAUUGAGCCUGAAGUGAAAGAAUCAGUCAGUAAAUUCAUGGCAUACGUCCACAUGAGCGUCAAUCAGAUGUCCAAGGACUACCUGGCCAAUGAGCGACGCUACAAUUACACCACGCCCAAGUCUUUCCUGGAACAGAUCAAGUUGUAUCGCAGUCUGCUGGGCCAGAAGAGCAAAGACCUCACCACCAAGAUGGAGCGGCUGGAGAACGGCCUGCAGAAGCUCAACAGCACCUCCGCUCAGGUGGAUGACCUUAAGGCCAAGCUGGCUGCUCAGGAAGUGGAACUCAGGCAGAAGAACGAGGACGCUGACAAGUUGAUCCAGGUGGUUGGGAUAGAAACUGAGAAGGUGUCCAAGGAGAAGGCAGUGGCUGAUGAGGAAGAGCAAAAGGUGGCAGCCAUUGCUGUGGUGGUCAGCGGCAAACAGAGAGACUGCGAGGAGGACUUGGCCAAGGCAGAACCAGCUCUCCUUGCUGCUCAGGAUGCCCUUAACACUCUCAAUAAGAACAACCUGACAGAGCUGAAGUCGUUUGGCUCUCCGGUGGCCGCUGUGACCAACGUCACAGCGGCAGUCAUGGUCCUGACAGCAGUCGGCGGCAAAGUGCCCAAGGAUCGCAGCUGGAAGGCGGCAAAGGUGAUGAUGGCCAAAGUGGACACAUUCCUGGACUCUCUGAUAAACUUCAACAAGGAGAACAUCCCAGAGGCUUGCCUGAAAGCUAUUCAGCCUUACCUGCAGGAUCCAGAAUUCAAGCCAGAUCUAAUUGCCUCCAAGUCGAACGCGGCGGCCGGCCUGUGCUCCUGGGUUUUAAACAUUGUCAAGUUCUACGAAGUUUACUGUGAGGUGGAGCCCAAGCGUCAGGCUCUGAGCAAGGCCAACGCAGAGCUGGCUGCUGCACAGGAGAAGCUUGCCGCCAUCAAAAGCAAGAUCAAUCACCUUAAUGAGAACCUGGCCAAGCUGACAGCCAAGUUUGAGAAAGCCACCGCAGACAAGCUAAAGUGCCAACAGGAAGCAGAGUCAACCGCGCGCACCAUUUCCCUGGCCAACCGCCUGGUAGGGGGUCUGGCAUCGGAGAACGUCCGCUGGGCGGAGGCCGUAGAAAAUUUUAAGAAGCAGGAGAGGACUCUGUGUGGGGACGUCCUCCUCAUCACCGCCUUCAUCUCCUACCUUGGAUACUUCACCAAGCGCUAUAGGCUCCAGCUUAUGGACAACACCUGGAGGCCUUAUCUCAGUCAGCUAAAGGUUCCCAUCCCAGUGACACCUGACCUGGACCCUCUGACCAUGCUGACAGAUGACGCUGACAUUGCGGCUUGGCAGAACGAGGGGCUGCCCGCUGACAGGAUGUCCACAGAGAACGCCACAAUUCUCACUUCCUGCCAGCGCUGGCCCCUCAUGGUGGACCCCCAGCUGCAGGGUAUCAAGUGGAUCAAGACCAAAUAUGGCGAAAACCUACGUGUCAUUCGUAUCGGACAGAGAGGGUACCUGGAUGCCAUAGAGAGAGCACUGGCAGCAGGUGAUGUGGUUCUGAUAGAGAAUUUGGAGGAAACACUGGAUCCUGUUCUUGGACCACUGCUGGGCAGAGAAACCAUAAAGAAGGGCAGGUGCAUAAAAAUCGGAGACAAGGAGUGCGAGUACAACCCCAGUUUCCGCCUCAUCCUGCACACCAAGCUCGCUAGCCCUCAUUACCAGCCGGAGCUGCAGGCUCAGUGCACCUUGAUAAAUUUCACAGUGACCAGAGAUGGGCUGGAAGACCAGCUGCUGGCUGCGGUGGUCAGCAUGGAGAGACCUGACCUGGAACAGCUGAAGUCCGACCUGACGAAGCAGCAAAAUGGAUUCAAGAUCACUCUAAAGACGCUGGAGGACAACCUGCUGUCCCGUUUGUCCUCGGCUUCAGGAAACUUCCUGGGUGACACAGAGUUGGUGGAAAACCUGGAGACGACCAAACGCACAGCUGCCGAGAUUGAAGAGAAGGUAAAAGAAGCCAAGGUGACAGAGGCCAAAAUCAAUGAGGCUCGGGAGCACUACCGACCAGCAGCAGCACGGGCGUCCUUAUUGUACUUCAUAAUGAACGACCUCAAUAAAAUCCACCCCAUGUACCAGUUCUCUCUCAAGGCAUUCAGUGUGGUCUUCCAGAAAGCAGUUCUGAAGGCCGAGCCGGAUGAGGCUCUGAAGCAGCGGGUGUCCAACCUAAUUGACAGCAUCACCUCCUCAGUCUUCCAGUACACCACCAGAGGCCUAUUUGAAUGUGACAAGCUCACGUACAUCGCCCAACUCGCCUUCCAGAUCCUGUUGAUGAAUAAAGAAAUAAAUCCUGCAGAGCUGGACUUCCUCCUGAGAUACCCUGUGCAACCAGGUGUAAUAUCACCGGUGGAUUUCCUGUCCAACCACUCCUGGGGAGGGAUCAAGUCCCUGUGCUCCAUGGAGGAGUUCAGGAACCUGGACCGAGACAUCGAGGGCUCAGCCAAACGCUGGAAGAAGUUUGUGGAGUCCGAGUGUCCAGAAAAAGAGAAAUUCCCACAGGAGUGGAAGAACAAAACCUCUCUCCAGAGACUGUGCAUGAUGAGGGCCCUGAGGCCUGACCGCAUGACGUACGCCGUCAGAGACUUUGUAGAGGAGAAACUGGGGAGUAAGUACGUGAUUGGCAGAUCACUGGACUUCGCUGUCUCCUUUGAAGAGUCGGGCCCAGCUACACCCAUGUUCUUCAUCCUCUCUCCUGGAGUUGACCCUUUGAAGGAUGUGGAGAAACAUGGGAAGGGGCUGGGCUUCACAUUUGACAACAAGAACUUCCACAAUGUUUCUCUGGGCCAGGGCCAGGAGGUUAUAGCUGAACAAGCCCUCGAUUUAGCAGCGAAGAACGGCCACUGGGUGAUUUUACAGAAUAUCCACUUGGUCGCGCGCUGGCUGGGUACUUUAGAGAAACUUCUGGAGCAGCACGCAGAGGGAAGCCAUGAGAACUUUAGGGUGUUUGUCAGUGCAGAGCCCUCCUCCACCCCUGAGGGCCACAUCAUCCCACAGGGCAUCCUGGAGAACUCCAUCAAGAUCACCAAUGAACCACCUACUGGCAUGCACGCCAACCUGCACAAGGCCCUGGACAACUUCAACCAGGACACGCUGGAAAUGUGUGCGCGGGAAAAUGAGUUUAAGAGCAUUUUGUUUGCCCUGUGCUACUUCCAUGCGGUGGUGGCAGAGAGGAGGAAGUUUGGUCCUCAGGGCUGGAACAGAUCAUACCCCUUUAACACUGGAGACCUCACCAUUUCUAUCAACGUCCUCUACAACUACCUGGAGGCCAAUCCUAAGGUGCCGUAUGAUGACCUGCGCUACCUGUUCGGUGAGAUCAUGUACGGGGGUCACAUCACGGACGAUUGGGACCGCCGUCUGUGCCGUACCUACCUGGAAGAAUUUAUCAAGCCUGAGAUGAUGGAGGGAGAGCUGUUCCUAGCACCCGGCUUCGCUGUGCCUGGAAACAUGGACUACAACAGCUACCACCAGUACAUUGACCAAACCCUACCUGCUGAGUCGCCCUACCUGUACGGCCUUCAUCCCAAUGCUGAGAUCGGCUUCCUCACACAAACCUCAGAGAAGCUUUUUCGCACAGUGCUGGAGAUGCAACCCAGGGACGGAGGUGGCGGUGAGGGUGGCGGGACAACGCGUGAGGAAAAGGUCCGCACAAUGCUGGAGGAGAUCAUGGAGAAGCUUCCAGAGGAGUUCAACAUGGCCGAGCUGCUGGGGAAGGCGGAGGAGAGGACUCCCUACCAGGUGGUGGCGCUGCAGGAGUGUGAGCGCAUGAACCUCCUCACACAGGAGAUCAGACGCUCUCUCUGCGAGCUCAGCCUGGGACUCAAGGGAGAGUUAACCAUGACCAGUGACAUGGAGAACCUUCAGAAUGCUAUUUUCUUGGACAUGGUGCCAGACAGUUGGACCAAGCGGGCUUACCCCUCCAUGUCUGGCCUGGCCCUGUGGUUUACUGACCUGCUGGCCAGGAUUAAGGAGCUGGAAACCUGGUCAGCAGACUUCGUCUUACCCUCUGUGGUGUGGCUGGCUGGCUUCUUCAACCCACAGUCCUUCCUCACAGCCAUCAUGCAGGCUAUGGCUCGAAGGAACGAGUGGCCUCUGGACAGGAUGUGUCUGCAGUGUGAUGUCACCAAGAAGAAUCGCGAGGAUUUCACUGUACCACCUCGUGAAGGAGCCUAUGUACAUGGGCUGUACAUGGAGGGUGCACGCUGGGACACACAGACUGGCAUGAUUGUUGAUGCUCGCCUGAAAGAACUCACCCCAACCGUGCCAGUCAUCUUCAUCAAAGCCAUUCCUGUGGACAAACAGGAGAGCCGGAAUGUUUACCAGUGUCCUGUGUAUAAGACCCGCCAGAGGGGCCCCACCUACGUGUGGACCUUCAACCUGAAGACCAAAGAAAAUCCCUCAAAGUGGACAUUAGCUGGAGUGGCCUUGCUUCUCCAGAUCUAG